AGGAGCCCUGCGCCCUGUAUAGGCAGGAAAACAGCAGGGCCAUAACUUUCCGCUGAAGGGCUGAGCCCACCUAUCAGCGUGAUGUAUCCUGGCGCGAUUCCACAUGUCAACCAAUCGGCAGGACAGUAGCGUGUCUGAACCAGCCGAGCGCCCCUCCUCCCCGCUCUGUUAUGCGGCUAUCCUGGGCGCAGGGCGGCAGUGCGCGGCUGUUUCCUGCCCUGAUGCAUGGUGGUCGAACGGAGGAAUUGUUGGAAAAUUGUGUCGGAGGUAAAAACAUGCUGCUAGCCCAGAUAAACCGCGAUUCCCAAGGAAUGACCGAGUUCACGGGUGGAGGCGGGGACGGCGGACACGUCACUCUGUGUCUCACCGAGGCUGUGACAGAUGGAGAGAGCAUGGAUACCAUGGAGGGUGUCAGCCUACAAGCCGUGACGCUGGCAGACGGUUCCACAGCGUACAUCCAGCACAGCGCCAAAGAUGGUAAAUUAAUGGAAGGACAAGUCAUUCAGCUGGAGGACGGCUCUGCUGCCUACGUUCAACAUGUCUCUAAAAGUGAUAGUCUACGCCUGGAGGAUGGACAGGCGGUACAGCUGGAAGAUGGCACCACAGCCUACAUUCAUCAUUCUACAAAAGUCCACAGAUCAGAUAGUUAUGCAUCCAGUCCUCUUCUUCUGGCAGAUUCUUACGACCAGAGCUCGGUGCAGGCGGUGCAGCUGGAGGAUGGUACAACAGCAUACAUUCACCAUACAGUACAGGUUCCGCAGCAGGACACCAUCCUGGCGAUCCAGGCCGACGGCACCGUGGCCGGGCUGCACACUGGAGAAGCCACCAUUGACCCCGACACAAUCUCCGCUUUAGAGCAGUACGCUGCUAAGGUGUCGAUUGAAGGUGGGGAGAAUGUGGGCAGUAAUGCAAUGAUCAGCGAGCCCGAGCCAGAGAAGAAGAUGCAGAUUGUCUUGCAAGGGCAUGCGCCCCGGGUAACGGUGAAACCUCCGCAGACGAACGAGAAAGCGUUUCGGUGUGACUAUGAUGGUUGCGGGAAGCUUUACACUACGGCUCAUCAUCUCAAGGUGCAUGAAAGAUCUCACACUGGGGACCGGCCGUACCAGUGCGAACAUGGAGGCUGUGGAAAAGCUUUUGCAACAGGUUAUGGCCUUAAAAGCCAUGUACGGACGCACACCGGGGAGAAACCCUACAGGUGUACGGAGGAGAACUGCACAAAGUCUUUCAAGACAUCAGGAGACCUGCAGAAACACAUCAGAACUCAUACAGGAGAGCGGCCGUUUAAAUGUCCGUUUGAAGGCUGCGGAAGAUCGUUUACCACGUCCAACAUCCGGAAAGUCCACAUCCGCACUCACACCGGGGAGCGGCCGUACUACUGCUCAGAACCGGGCUGCGGUAGAGCGUUCGCCAGCGCAACCAAUUACAAGAACCAUGUUCGGAUACACACAGGUGAGAAGCCAUAUGUGUGUACGGUGCCGGGUUGCGAUAAACGUUUCACGGAAUAUUCCAGCUUGUACAAACACCAUGUGGUCCACACCCACUCCAAACCGUACAACUGUAAUCACUGCGGCAAAACCUAUAAACAGAUCUCCACGCUAGCCAUGCACAAGAGGACGGCACACAACGACACUGAGCCCAUCGAAGAGGAGCAGGAGAGCUUCUUCGUACCCCAGCCACCGGAGGAUGUCCUGAAAGGCUCACAGAUAGCGUAUGUGACAGGCAUGGAGACGGAGGACGGGUUACCGACAGCGGUGACCCAGUCCGGACAACAGCUGGCACUUAUAUCCCAGGACGGCACACAACACGUAGCGAUAGUUGCACAAGACUUAUCCGCAUUCCACGCAGCCUCCGCAGAAAUGGGUCAACAGCACCAUCUGAUCACCACGGAAACCAGGCCGGUCACCCUGCUGGCCACGUCAAAUGGCACACAGAUCGCGGUGCAGCUGGGCGAGCAGCAGUCCUUGGAGGAAGCCAUCCGUAUAGCUUCUCGGAUACAGCAGGGGGAAUCCCCUGGCAUGGACGAUUAACCUGUGAACACUUUUCCACCCACCCCUACAACCCUGCGUACUGUACCCACCUCGGUCCAAUCAAAGUCUUGUACAUGAGGAAUUCAUCAACCAAUACAGAUAUUUAAGCCUAGUAUUUUAUAUAUGGAUUUGUAAGAUAAUUAAUCUUUUCCAGGACUAUGAAUGAAGCCUGAUACAUUUCAGUACUGGCACUGCCUCUCCCUGCGGCCCCCUCUAUAUCAGGAUAAGUAUUCGGAGAUGACGCACCUUUGUCUGCCUCAGUAAGUCUCCGGCUCUCUGGACCUGUACUUUUUGUAAAUAGAGACUGUUAAUACUAAAAGUGUUAAUACUAUUUUAUCUUUGAGAAGAAUUAUGUACAAAAGCCCGUUUUGUGGAAUAUUAAAGGAAUUGAAUGUUUCCUGUUCCUGUAAUUUCUGUAUAUAUUUUGUGUAUGUCAUCAAAGAAAAUAUUGAAUUAUUUUGACAUUUUUGAGCAUGUCUGGGAAUCUCGGAGGACAGACAAGCGGAGGGCGCUGGGUAUAGCUUGUGGUCCGCGGCGGUCACUGUCCGGCCUAUAAUAUUAUCUCCUGACAAUACUCUUGUGACCUUUACAUGAUAAGGAUCCAAAUAAUCUCUUGGGAAGUCGUGUCCCAUCCGUCAUGCCUAGAUGUUACUCGGAUAACACACAGAUGAGAGGAUGCAGCCGUCUGAGAAUUUCAUCAAUAAUACCCCAUGCCUACGGGUGUUUGCCAGUUUCUCUAUUUAUGUUUUUGGGGGGGUUUGUUGCCCAGGUAAUUUGGUCAUGUUUUGGGCUGCGUCUGAGAUCUCAAACACAAACUUCAAUUUAUUUAUAGACACUGUUUUAUAUGUACAAUGAUGCAAUAAACUUUUGCUUUUUUUUUUUUUUA